AUGCGGCUGAACACGAAGUUUGCUGUCCUUGUGCUUGGACUGCUAGCUUUAAGUAUCGCCUUCAUCUGGAUGGCAGCUGAUGGGAUAGACUCAGAAGACACCAUCUUGUUAGCUGAUGGGAUAGACCCAGACGACAGCAUCUUGUUAGCGGAUUGGAUAGACCAAGAAGACACCAUCUUGUUAGCUGAUGGGAUAGACUCAGUCGACAGCAUCUUGUUAGCGGAUGGGAUAGACCAAGAAGACACCACCUUGUUAGCUGAUGGGAUAGACCCUGAAGCCACCAUCUUGUUAGCUGAUGGGAUAGACCCAGAAGCCACCAUCUUGUUAGCUGAUGGGAUAGACCCAGAAGCCACCAUCUUGUUAGCUGAUGGGAUAGACCCAGAAGCCACCAUCUUGUUAGCUGAUGGGAUAGACUGCUUCAGAGGAAGAGACUCACUGAGAGACAUUAAGUCACCUCUGCAACAAAGCCCGCAGGCGAAGGCUCAACUUGAAUGCCGAUUUGCUCAAAGAAGAAAACUUCUGACCGAGUUCUGCAACAAGUUUGGGCAAAUACAGUUCCAAGAGAAGGCAAAAGGUCCACUUACUACCAACGAUAGAACCCGCCAGCCUACAUAUUCAGUGUGCUUGAUACCAAAGAUUGGCAGUAGCUUCUGGAAAAAUGUUACAGCUGCAUACAAGAAAGAUGACGGAUCAAAACGAAAGGGAACUCUUUCCAUUUCAUCCUACUCAAACCUAGUGAAAUCCAGCACAAUGUUCACGUUCGUUCGAAACCCAUACAUAAGAUUAUUUUCGGGAUAUAAUGAAGAAUUUUACGGUAUCAAUCCUACAUACUGGAAUUCUAUGGGAAGGCCAAUCAUGAAAGCUGUUCGCUCUCGUACUGAUUGGGUAUCUUGUGCUCACGACGUCACGUUUUCAGAGUUGGUGGAUUACCUUAUUUACAGCCAUAACAACAAAAAGAGAAUAGACCUCCAUUUUAAACCAAUUCAUGAACAGUGUGGGUUCUGUGAGACUCAAUAUACGUACAUAGGGAAGAUGGAGACGUUUCUUGAUGACAUGGUGUUUAUGACUGACGCUAUGGGUAUGCUUGAUGUUAAUACUACCAGGGAGGCUAUACUAACACGGGGUAUAAAUGGUUACCGUGAAAUGAUAUACUCCAAUGCACAUAAUCUUUUUCAUAAGAAACGGGACCUGAUGGAAAAAUGUGGGGUGUCACUUAUUGAAGGACUCCGACGGACCUGGAAGAGAUGGCAGAAUCGGGGAAUGAUAUCAAUAGGAAUUCCAUUUCCACUAAAAGCAGAUGACAUAAAAGUUACAUUUGAACGUUUCAAUGAGUUGGCACAAAAAGCACACAACGCAUCGGAUCCAAACAUUCUUCAUGAAGGGAAAAACAGAGCACUGAGAGAAGCCUACGAGUCACUGACUUAUGAUGCUAAGGUCAGACUUAUGAAGAUGUUUGAACCUGAGUUUGAGAUGUUUGAUUAUGAUCCUAUGCCAGACUUCGUGUUUGGGGAGUAUCAGAAUAAUGACAAUAUUGAUCUGUCUCAUAACAAAUACAGGCGAACUUCAAGAAUAAUUCAUUCAAAGUUAUUGAAGACAAAUGAGUCUAUAUCCACAUUCUAAUUCCAUGUCUAUCAAUAUCAAAAAAAGAAAUUGAAGAUUCUUGUCUGCAUUAUCGCAAUGACACAUCUACGUGGGGCUACUGUAUUUGAAAUAGUCGGAACUUGUAAGUUUGUGGCUGGUUA